AUGUCGAACCCUCGUGUUGAAGAGCUCCCAGACGACGAGCCCACCAAGAAGACCACCGCCGAGGAGGCUUCUGACUCCUCCGACUCCGAGAACGAGGAAGGUGCCGGUGAGGGCGAGGCCAACAUCCCGGCCGGUUCUGCUGUUGCCGUCCACAGCCGCAACGAGAAGAAGGCUCGCAAGGCAAUUGGCAAGCUUGGACUCAAGCAUGUUCCAGGCAUCACAAGAGUUACUCUGCGGAGACCGAAAGGUAUCCUCUUCGUCAUCUCCAACCCUGAUGUCUACCGAUCUCCUACCAGCAACACGUGGAUUAUCUUCGGUGAGGCCAAGAUCGAGGAUUUGAACUCUCAACACCAGGCUGCCGCUGCUCAGCAGCUCGCCGCCGCCGAGCAAGCCAACCAAGACCACUCCGGUCAUGACCACUCCGCCGAGGAGGGCAAGGGCAAGGCCGUUGAGGACAAGAAGCCAGAAGAAGAUGACGACGAUGACGAGGAAGUCGACGACAGCGGUCUUGAGGCCAAGGACAUCGAGCUCGUCAUGACACAAGCCAACGUCAGUCGGAAGAAGGCCGUGAAAGCUCUGAACGAGAACGGGAACGACAUUGUCAAUUCGAUCAUGGCGCUAAGUGUAUGA